CCUUGCUUCACUGCACACUUACGGGAUAACUUCAUUCUUACCUUGUACCUUCAAAAUGGCGUCUUUCACGCUACCGACCAUCAAUGACAAUGCUGAUGGAGGCUGGGGUCCGUCUUCUUCGAAUCUACCUCCGAACUUCAAGUUCAAAGAAAUCCCAUACGCACCAUACUCAAAAUCCGAUAAACUUGGUCGAUUCGCUGACUGGAAUGAUAUCUCGGGAGACAACCGUCAAAUGACCUUUGGUCCUGCGUCCUCUCAAGGCCCCCAACGAGGUGGCAUGAGUGGUCGAGGCAGGAGAGAUGGUCAACCGGCCUUUGGAAGUGGAACUGCAAGUGCAUUCGCAUACUUCCAUGCCGAAGACGAAUCCAGCUUCUCCUUAGUUGAUACAAAGACUGCCGCCACUCGCAGGGGUGGUCCUCUUGGUAGAGGCCGUGGUGGUGGGCGUGGAGGAGCUGGAUAUGCGGCUCGGGGAGGUGCACAAAGAGGCGGUCGUGGUGGAUUUUACGGUGGAAGAGGUGGUGGUCAGCGUGGCGGACGGAGAGGCUGGAGGGACUGGGAAAAGAACAACCGUGUACGUGAAGCCUCCGUCGCGAUUUCCCCCGAAUGGUCUAUGCUGGAGGAGAUUGAAUUCCAUCGUUUGGCCAAGCUUCGGCUCGAGGUUGACGAGCCCGAGGAUCUUGGAACAUAUGGUCGUCUGUUCCCGUAUGACAAAUCCUACGACCGUGUCACCACCAGAAGUGAGAAACCCCUGCAGUUGGUCGACCGUAUCAAAUACAAUACAACUACCUCCGACGAUCCCGUCAUUCACGAAUUGGCCGCAAAGGAGACUGCGACUGUGUACACGACUGAUGUAAUUCUCGCUGGACUGAUGUGCGCUACCCGGUCGGUGAACCCGUGGGAUAUCGUCAUCGUUCGUGAAGGGAACAAGCUCUUUUUCGACAAGCGUGACGGUGGCCCAUUCGAUACUGUUACCGUGAACGAAAAUGCAUCCGAUCCUCCUCAGGAUCCUGCCACUGUCAACCCUAACAACCCCAACGAGAAGAUUGCAGUUCCGGAGGCACCAACCAUUAACUCUGCGACCUCGCUGUCGCUGGAGGCUACAUAUAUUAAUCAAAAUUUCGGCUUCCAGUCCGUGAUCGAGACUCCUCCCCCUCCCGCCGUAGAGCUGGAGAAACCGAACCCAUUCUACGGCCCAGACGAGACCGAACCUCUUGCUUCAUGCGGAUACCGAUACCGUGUGUUCGAUCUCGGUAUCACGGAAGACGAAGAUAUCAAGCUUUGCGUACGAACGGAAGUUGAUGCAUACUCCGCCGGACAGGGCAAUCCUCGACAGGGUCAAGGACUUGUGACCAUCCGUGCUCUCAAUGAAUUUGACCCCCGCGCGCCGGGUGCAGGUGGCGCAUUAGAUUGGCGAACCAAGUUGGAUUCCCAGCGUGGCGCGGUCGUUGCUACUGAGAUGAAGAAUAACAGCUGCAAACUUGCCAAGUGGACUGUGCAGAGUGUGCUCGCUGGUGCUGAUACAAUGAAGAUCGGCUAUAUCUCUCGUGUUAACCCCCGCGACAACACGCGCCAUGUUAUUCUCAGUACGCAAUCCGUGCGGCCGACAGAUUUUGCCAACCAGCUGAAUGUCUCGCUGGCCAACGGGUGGGGCAUCGUGCGUACCGUAACGGACCUCUGCAUGAAGCAACCGGAAGGCAAAUAUGUCCUGGUUAAAGAUCCCAACAAGGCCUAGCUGUGUUGCCCACUCCUCGUAGUGGGCGUCCGGGCUUGCAUAUUGACCGCGUGGUCUCGCUGUAUAACGAGGGAUUUUCUCCCCGUGUUCCUUGAUGCCUUUGGGUCGCAUCUCGCUGUGUUGAUCUCCUUACAUUCUACAUACUAACGAAAUUAUUUUUGCAGCCUGUGAUCCGACUCUAUGCUGUUCCCAUGAAUGCUUUCACUGGGGAGGAUGACGAUGAUGAUGUGCCUUUUGAUGGCGAAGAUACAGAGCUCGCUGCAUGAUCAUGUACAGUAUCCUCAUGUAUGUUAUCAGUAUGUAGCUUCUCCCGCUUAUUCGAACGUGCUCGGCUAAGUAUAAUGGAUCGGACGUGGUGGCGUGUCUUUUGCACUUUAGUGAUGUGAAUGCUCUCUAAUGUGGCUUAGCCGUACGACUGGGCUCACUUCAUUGUACUGAAAGCUCACGAGCGUAAGAUUCGACAUCAACUGGCAGCUGUGAGAGUCGAUUUGCAGUGUGAAAGAUAUUUCGCGAUAAGUUCAAUCGUUCUUCCAGCCACAUCAAGUCGUAGGUCGCUGGUUCGAGUCCUAUGUCAAACCCAAUACACUGGAUGAUGGAUGAUGAUGGUAUUUGCCAACGCCGUCUCCCGUGAGGACCUCCCUCUUCUGGUGUUCUGACCCCAAGUGAUACAAAGACCCUACCUCACUUGAGACAAGAUCUCAGUUGUCAUAUAGGCUGUGCAGAUUCUGCUCUCGGAACACACUUGCACUGUCAUACAAUGGUAUGCAUCGGGUAUGCACGACGGGCGAUCCUCAGUAGCUGAGGACUGGCAUAUGCAAAGACGCCUUCAGCUCGCUGUCGCUUGGCGGCAGUUGAUAUGAUUUAGAAAAGCUCCCUCACGGCGUGGUCGAGACCAUAUGUAACCUGGUUUGGAUUACCUUGUUGACCCGUCGACGUUGCAAACCGGAUACUGGGGCCGCUUUUGCCAGUGCACUGGGGUGUCCGAGUAGCAAGAUAAACGUCACUCCAUAUGCUCAUCAUAGGCUUGCAGCUGAUCUACAUGCGUGCCAUAGGUGGCCGAGCUUGAGAAAAGAACUUGGUAAUCAUUCGUCGCCGCCGACUCC